AUGCUGGUACGUUCAAAGGAGGAUGUCCGGAGGAUAAAUUGUAUGAAGAUGCCAACAAAACGAAAAAAAUCAUAUGACCUCUCAAAAUUUCCAGUCCAGAUAGAGCAGUUGUCAGAGUUCAAGUACCUUGAGUCGCUGGUUCGAGAGAGAAAAGUGGCGUCCCUGGCUGAUAUCCACAGCAGAAUUAGGCUCGCAGAAGCGGCGUUUCUUAGCACAAAUGGUGUCCAUGGAAGCAUGAGAAAGACUCGCUCAAGACCAGAAUCCGCCUCUUUCGGACAUAUCUUCCCAAUACUCCUCUUUGAAUCUAAGACGUGGGUGACGUGGGCCUGA